AUGGAGACAACAGUAUUUACAGAAAUAUUACCUAAUAUUCAAUCGACAAAUAUAAAUUUUGGAAUACCAGUUAUUAAUACUAAUAAAUUAAAAUCAAUUUAUAAACUUGAGAUUAAAACAAGUGAUUCACCUUCUAUAACAACUUCCUUAGAUAGUUUAGAUAUUAAAUUAAAAUUAAGAAGUUAUGUUAGAAAGAAAUUGUCAAGAGAAUCAUCUUUAUUAUCAUCAUCAAACAAAUUACCAUUCUCUGCUACAGAAAUAACAAUAAAUAAUUUUAUAAAUAUUUUAUGUGGAAAACAUUGGAUAGAAUUAUUAGAUUGUUGGAUGUGUCAUCAAGAAGAAUAUCCUCAAGCUCAAUUUAUUAUGAAUGAUAUUAUUGUUAAAGAAAAUAUUUGUUUAAUAGGAAAUACUUAUUAUUUGAUAUUUCCUACUAAUUGGACAAAAGGAUUGUCUAGAAAAUGGAGAUCUAUGAGUUGUUCUAGAUGUUUGAAACCUUUAGGAGAAGGAUUAUACAGUAUGGAAGAUAAAACAGAAGGAGGUAAAGAAAUAAUUAUAGCAGCUGACUUUCUUGAAGCAGCAAAAGCACAUGCUACAUAUCGUUUUAUUAUUGAAGGACAAAAAAUGAAUAAACCAUAUAUUCUGAUUAUAACAAAUGCUUUACAAGAUAUUAAAUCACAAAAUAAAUUUUCUCCAGAUGUAAUAAUGACUUUACAUGAUCUUUUAGUCAAGGAAAAUGAAAUGAAAAUUAAUGAUGAUAAAACAGUUGAACAUUUUAAAUAUCAUGAUGAUAUUUGUUUACAAUUAUUGGUUACAUUAAAAACAAGUAUGAAUAGUUUACCAUUUAGUAAAAGAGUUAUGAUGAAUGAUUUUAAUAUAGAAAGGGAACUUCAACAUGAAGCAAUUUUCCAAGAGAAGCCUUCGAUUUCCCAGAAUACUGCCACAUGCCGUAAACGAAAGAAUGAACUAGUACCUUCAGAAUUGAAAUUAAGUGUCUAUUUCUACGGAUCAUACCCUCAAUCCACAACUGGGACAAUAUCCAAUUCAUCUGAAAAGUUUAGAUCAAUCUAUGAAGUUGAGCAUGUGCCAGGUGAAGCAAAGAAAUUUCUAGAACGUAUGAGGAAUGAUUUUAGCCAUAAGGAUGAAUGGGUACUAAUGUACAAACAAAAUAUACAAGGAUAUAAAAAAGAAGUCACAAACGAGGAAGAUUCGGAUCUUCUUGAUGAGAUGAAAGGUGCUCUAUAUCUUCCUGUUGAUCACGGUUUGAGGAAGCUAAACCAGCAAGAACGUUGUACGCUCAAUCAUUAUGUUUUUAUUGAUUCUGAUAGCGGUAGAGAAUACACAUCUACCAUUGACACAGCUGCCUCAGAAACCAUACUUCCAUAUAAUUUUUAUAAAAAUAUUGGUAAAAAGGGUUGGUCAAUAAUUCAUCGCUUUGCUUCAGAUUAUGGGUCACCUUCAUGUCUAUUUUAUACAAAAGAUCCAUUUGAUGUGAGUAUUGGAAAUGAUGUUGAAUGA